GAGACGCGGAGGAGGAGGGGCGUUACCUUUAAACCACGUGCUGCUGCUGCUGGUUCAACCGGAAGUAAUCAAACCGGCUACACCAACAUGUCUGCGCCCGGGGAAGACACGUUUGGUAACGAAGAUGGAGAAAUUGACGAAAUGGAUGAAGUUGUGUGCGAGGAAAGUGAGAUGGGAGAAGAAGGAAUGGACGGAGAAGGAGAGGGUCAGGUUUACGUGCCCGGUGUCCAGCCACUGCAGCCGGGAGAGGAACUGGAGAUGGACCGUUCGGCCUACCGCAUGUACCACGAAUGCCAGACAGGUUCUCCCUGCUUGAGCUUUGACGUACUGCAAGAUGGAGAUGGGGAAUCCAGAGACCAGUACCCCCUGUCUAUGCUGCUCUGUGCAGGGACCCAGGCGAGCACUGCCCUUAGCAAUAGGCUCCUGAUUAUGCGCAUGCAUAACCUUCACGGUACAGAGAAGGAGGGUGAGAGUAGCGAUGAAGAGAGUGAGGAGGAGGAUGAAGAGGAGGAUGAAGAUAAGAAGCCACAGAUGGAGUUGGGAUUGAUGUCUCACUACGGUGGCACCAACAGAGUCAGAGUCACCCAAUGGUCAGAGCGGCCUCUGGCUGCCGUGUGGUCGGAUAAAGGCCAGGUGGAAAUAUUUGACCUAAAAGCCGCGUUGGAAGCUGUCCACAGCUCAACUGCCAUGGCUGAAUUUAUUAAAAACCAGAAAGAAACCAAGCCCCUCUUUAGUUUCUCAGGCCACAUGACUGAAGGCUUUGCACUGGAUUGGUCCCCUAAAAUACCAGGCCGUUUAGCCAGUGGGGACUGUAAGAAGAACAUCCAUGUGUGGGAGCCACGGGAAGGAGGCGCCACCUGGACGGUGGACCAGCGACCCUUCAGCUCCCACACCAAGUCUGUGGAGGACCUGCAGUGGUCCCCUACUGAAGCCACGGUUUUUGCAUCUUGCUCAGUCGAUCGGUCUGUCAGAAUCUGGGACACCCGUGCCCCUCCAAACUCCAUGCUGUCCAACGACGAAGCUCAUUCAUCGGACGUCAACGUCAUCAGCUGGAACAGGAGCGAGCCCUUCCUUCUGUCAGGGGGCGAUGAUGGCCUUCUGAAAGUAUGGGAUCUACGACAGUUUCAGUCUGGACGGCCGGUGGCUAACUUCAAGCAGCACAGCGCCCCCAUUACCUCUGUGGAGUGGAACCCCGUAGACUCCAGCGUCUUUGCCGCCGCCGGGGCGGAUGAUGUGGUCAGCCAAUGGGAUCUCUCGGUGGAGUCGAGUGAUGUGGGUGCGAGGGCAGAGGGCCUCAAGGACCUUCCUCCUCAGCUGCUCUUCCUGCACCAGGGUCAGUCAGAGGUCAAGGAGAUCCACUGGCAUCCACAGUUACCUGGAGUGAUGGUCUCGACCGCGCUGUCUGGGUUCAACGUGUUCAGGACAAUAUCAGUCUAACGUCAAAACAUUUCAUUGGACUGUUUUAGACUAGAGGCUAAGGGGUGGUUGAAGAAAUGCAUUUAAUACACAUUUUGAAUGUGAACUUGUGACUUAUAAGUAAUAUGCCCAUGUAUGUUCAAGCAUAUUGCUAUUUGUACUAUUGUAUAUAGGUUGACUCUAUGGAGUGGAUUUUUCUAGAAAAGCCUAAAGCUGGGUUGUAUCUCCUAUUGAUCUGAGUCUGUACUUUUACAGAUGACGUGAACUGAUAUGAAAUGCAUUCAAAAUUGCAUGCGCAAAAUAAAAAACAUAUUGUACCAUAGUAAACUUCUCUAUUGUGUGUCUUAAACAGACCGGUAGUAUUUUAAUGGGUUCUGAACAAUGUUGUUCACCAAGGCCCAGGCUAAGAACACACUCAUACUAGUAUUCUAUUAAAGGUUAAGUAUCUGCGAAGAGAAUACAAGCCGGAGGCCAAGCUCAAAGGUCACAAAACCAAUGAUUUAUGGUGAUAAUCUAUGUACAUAGUUUUAUUCAUUUUAUUAAAUCCAGCAGUGUGAACAGGUUCUAGUUAGUCAUCUGCCCGACAUAAAAAACAAAUGAGGUUUUUAUUAAGGUCUCCCAUUAACAGCAUUUGUAAACACUUUAAUAGAUGGAUUACAUUGGCAUGUAAAAGUAGGAAGGCCCAUCACAUUCUGGAACGACAAGCUACAAACAGACAGGUCAAAGCCGUUAGAUCGUCCCACUGCAAAUUCCAAAGGUCAGGAAAGAAAUAUUAACCAUUUGAUAUGUUGGCCUAUGGUAUUAUACAAUCAUUUAAACUGCCGAUUCCGACUAUUAAAAUAAGCUACGUUUGGUAAGCAGAUAUUAACGUGGUAUGUACUUCAGUUAUUAUUGAUAAAUGGAGGAGUAUUUCCUUAACAAUUUUGGUUUCAGAACAUUUUGAUUAUAGAUUAUGCAACGUCAUGGUAUAUAACUGAUUGUAAAAAAACAUGCAGGAUGGAAAAAACAAUAUUGUUAUAAGACAUGAAUACAGAAUAAUGUAUCCUAUUAAGGCACUUUUGUACAAAAACUAAAACAACUUUGGACAUCGCAUUACACUACCAUUUUCAAAAUAGCCUUCUUUCAAUGACACAGAAUACAUCACAGUCGGCAAAUUUCCACUUUCUACCAUAAAGCAUUCAGGUUUCAACAUUAUCAAAGUGCUAUAAGCCUUUUAUUGGUAACAACCAAAGCAAUAGUAUAUCUUUGGGCAGAUUGUAACAGUUUGAACGUCUUUAAAUGCAUAUAUAACAUGAGUCAGUUUUCCAGUUGUUAAACUUAUGUGAUUCAACUGUCCAACCUGAAUUCAGUCUUGUCCUAUCUCAU